AAAUAUAUCACAGUGGCAUCGCCAUAUUUACAUCGUUUACACAUGUACUGUGUAGCUGCUUGAUUUUUAUAAGCUACUUUAACGCAGUGGUGUCUUUUCUUAAUUUCACUAGAUUUGUUGGAGUAGUUAAUUGGGGUAAAUCGUUUAUUGAUUAGUGUCAAGGUUCAGUGAUGCGUUUAUUUGUUUGUUUUUAGCUGUUCAGUGUGUUCAGUUAAGUGAGUGAGACAUGAACAUAAGCAGCAGUUUCAGAUUCUGUAGAUUUACUUUUAGGAAAUGUUUAUCUCGACGCCUUCAAUGGGACACAUGUGACCGAUAUUAUUGCUCUAAAUCAUCCUCUACCGAUCAGACAAGAGUGGUGCAGUUAAAGAAUAAAUUGGCAUGUGGUCCCAGUUUUCAAGACUUCAUCAAGAGUUCUGACAAAACCUAUGAUGCUUGCAAUGAUGAACAUGAGGAGUACCAUAUUCCUGAAUGCACAACAGCACGAUCACUGAAAGUGUAUUUUGAGACAUAUGGCUGUCAGAUGAAUAUCAGUGACACUGAAAUUGCUUGGUCCAUCCUUCAGAAAGCAGGAUAUUCACGGACACAUGAGCUGCCAGAGGCAGAUGUAGUACUGCUUGUCACUUGCUCUAUAAGAGAAAAGGCAGAGCAAACAAUCUGGAACCGACUCAAACAUCUCACUGCCUUAAAGAAGAGGUGUCAAAAACACAAGCCUUUAUUAAAAAUAGGUGUCCUAGGUUGCAUGGCAGAAAGACUGAAGACUAAAUUACUUGAGCAGGAGAAGUUGGUGGAUGUUCUGGCAGGGCCAGACGCAUACAGAGAUCUGCCCCGGUUAUUAUCUCUUGGUUACAGAGGUCAGAGGGCCAGUAAUGUGUUGUUAUCAUUAGAGGAGACUUACGCUGAUGUCAUGCCUGUCCAUCAGACUCCAGAGGGACACAGUGCUUUUGUGUCUAUCAUGCGUGGCUGUGAUAACAUGUGUAGUUACUGUAUAGUGCCUUUCACUCGUGGCAGAGAAAGGAGCAGACCCCUGUCUUCCAUCUUGGAGGAGGUCCGCAUGCUCUCAGAUCAGGGGGUGAAGGAGGUCACCUUACUGGGGCAGAAUGUGAACAGCUAUAGAGACUUGUCUGAACAGCACUUUAUCUGUUCUGAGGGCAGUACUCAGCUCAGCCGAGGCUUCAAGACUGUGUACCGCACAAAACAGGGAGGCCUCCUCUUCUCAGACCUUUUGGACAAAGUGUCCCAAAUUGAUCCAGACAUGAGGAUACGCUUUACCUCACCACAUCCUAAAGACUUCCCUGAUGAGGUGUUACAGUUAAUUCAGGAGAGAAGGAACAUCUGCAAGCAGAUCCAUCUGCCAGCACAGAGCGGCAGCAGCCGGGUUCUUCAUGCUAUGAGACGUGGAUACACCCGAGAGGCUUAUCUUGAUCUUGUGGAAAACAUUCGUGAAAUAAUUCCAGGAGUCAAUCUGAGCAGUGAUUUCAUCACAGGAUUCUGUGGAGAGACUGAAGAAGACCAUCAGGAGACCCUUUCCCUUGUCAGGGAGGUGGGCUAUAAUGUGGGCUUUCUCUUCGCCUACAGCAUGAGGAAGAAAACUCAUGCAUAUCAUCGGCUGCAAGAUGACGUUCCUGCACCAGUGAAACAGCGCCGUCUGGAGGAACUCAUCUCUGUUUUUAGAGAAGAGGCAGCUAAAGUCAACAUGGCUCUCAUUGGCAGCACACAGCUGGUCUUGGUAGAAGGAGAAAGUAAAAGAUCUUCUGAGGAACUUUGUGGUCGAAAUGAUGGAAAUGUGAAAGUGGUUUUUCCUAAAACAGAUUUGCCUAUCCAGCCAGAGAAACCUCAGAUGGUUCCCAUUACAUCUGGAGAUUACGUGUUAGUCAAGAUCACAUCAGCUAACUCCCAGUGUCUGAGAGGACAUGCUUUGAUCCACUCCUCCUUGAAUGACAGAAAGACAUCUGAACAUCUUCUGAGCAAACAGACAAUGUAAUGCUGACCCUAAGAUAACCUCAUACUGCCGUUCUUAUUUCAUUGUGUGUAUGCUGUAAUAGUUGAUAUUAAAAUACAAUAACUGUGUUAAUUUCAUUACUAAGUAAAUGGAAAGAAAUAUAGAAAAUGUCAUGUCUUGUGCAGAAAAAAAUAAAGAGUUUCUUUAAAUUACCUUGGUGUAUAGGGGACUCAUAAAAAAAAAUGCAGUAUUUGUCAUAUUGUGAGUUUACAGUACUUUCAAAACCUGUUGUUGGGUGUUUACAAGCUGCAAACCUCUAAACACGCUGAGAG